AUGACUGAGUUAGCAGAGCAAGUUUCCAUGCCUGAAGGGCAACAAAGACGUGGUGGUUACGUUCCACCUCACAUCCGUAACGGUGGUGGCAGAAGAGGCGAUUCUGCUCCUCGUGGUGGUUUCAACAACGGUGGCGGCCGUGGUGGUUUCUUCAGAAACAACGGUGACCGUGGUGGAUUCGGCUUUGGCGGCCGCGGUGGUGGCUUCGGUGGUAACCGUGGUGGCUUCGGCGGUAACCGUGGUGGUUUCGGUGGUGGUAUGAGAGGUAGAUGGGUUGACGGCAAGCACGUUCCAGGCCAAAGAAAUGAGAGAAUCGAACUUGAACUGUUCGGUGCUCCAGAAGACCCAAGCUUCCAAUCCUCUGGUAUUAACUUCGACAACUACGACGAUAUUCCAGUGGAAGCCUCUGGUGAAGAUGUACCAGAAGCUAUCACCGAGUUCACUUCCCCACCUUUGGACAGCUUGUUGUUGGAAAACAUCAAGUUGGCCAGAUUCACAAAGCCAACUCCAGUUCAAAAGUACUCCGUACCAAUCGUCUCCAAGGGUAGAGAUUUGAUGGCCUGUGCCCAAACUGGUUCCGGUAAGACUGGUGGUUUCUUGUUCCCAGUCUUGUCCGAAUCUUUCUUGACCGGCCCAGCUGAGAAGGCCGCUAACGAUGGUUACUCUUACCAAAGAAAGGCCUUCCCAACUGCUGUUGUCAUGGCCCCAACCAGAGAAUUGGCUACACAAAUUUUCGACGAAGCCAAGAAGUUCUGUUACAGAUCUUGGGUUAAGCCAUGUGUCGUCUACGGUGGUGCUCCAAUCGGUAACCAAAUGAGAGAAAUGGACCACGGUUGUGACUUGCUAGUUGCCACCCCAGGUCGUCUAAACGAUCUUUUGGAAAGAGGUAAGGUUUCUCUAUCCAAUGUCAAGUACCUGGUCUUGGAUGAAGCCGACAGAAUGUUGGAUAUGGGUUUCGAACCUCAAAUCAGACACAUUGUUGAAGACUGUGACAUGCCUCCAACCGGUGAAAGACAAACUCUGAUGUUCUCUGCCACUUUCCCUCACGACAUUCAACAUUUGGCCAGAGAUUUCCUACACGACUACAUCUUCUUGUCUGUCGGUAGAGUCGGUUCCACUUCCGAAAACAUUACUCAAAGAAUCUUAUACGUUGAAAACAGAGACAAGAACUCUGCUUUGCUAGAUCUAUUGGCUGCUUCUAACGAUAACUUGACUUUGAUUUUCGUUGAGACCAAGAGAAUGGCUGACCAACUGACCGAUUUCUUGAUCAUGCAAAACUUCAGCGCCACUGCCAUCCACGGUGACCGUUCUCAAGCUGAACGUGAACGUGCUUUGGCUGCCUUCAGAUCUGGUAGAGCCAACAUUCUAGUUGCUACUGCUGUUGCCGCUAGAGGUUUGGAUAUUCCAAAUGUUACCCACGUUAUCAACUACGAUUUGCCAAGUGAUGUUGAUGACUAUGUUCACAGAAUCGGUAGAACUGGUCGUGCCGGUAACACCGGUGUUGCUACCGCCUUCUUCAACAGAGACAACAACAACAUCGUUAAGGGUCUAUACGAAAUCUUGGAAGAAGCUAACCAAGAAAUUCCUCCAUUCUUAGAAGACUGUCUAAGAGAAGUCUCCUUCAGCAGAAGUGGUAGCAACAGAAGUACCAGAGGUAACAGAAGCAGCAACACCAGAGAUUACCGUAAACACGGUGGUAAUGGUUCCUUCGGUCAAAACUCCAGAAACAGUUCUUGGGGUUCUGCCAGAGGUGGUGGUUUCGGUGGUUCCACUGGUGGCUGGGGUAACGACAGAGCUGGUGGUUCCGCUGGCGGCUGGGGUGCUUCCAACACUAAGACCUCCUCUUGGUGGUAA